AUGAGUUUUUCUAGUGAUGAAGUGAAUUUCCUUGUAUACCGUUAUUUACAGGAAUCGGGAUUCCAUCACUCUGCUUAUACGUUUGGUAUUGAGUCUCAUAUAUCUCAGAGUAAUAUCAAUGGUGCAUUGGUUCCACCAGCAGCAUUGCUGAACAUUUUACAGAAAGGAUUACAAUAUACAGAAGCUGAAAUCACAAUUGGAGAAGAUGGAACAGAAACACGGCUGACAGAAAGUCUAAGUUUGAUAGAUGCUGUAACACCUGACAUUGUGGCUGCAAGACAAAAUGCCCAGAAUGCACAGAAACAGGCUAUUAAAACAGACCCAGGUUCAGGAGGAGAACAGAACGGUGUUGACGGCACAACAUGCAGUGCAGCUACAGCAACUGGAGGAGCUGCAACCCCUACUGCUCCAGAGACUAUGGAGGUGGACCAGUCUAUUGAAAUCCCUGCAAGCAAAGCUACUGUUCUAAGAGGGCAUGAAUCUGAAGUGUUCAUCUGCGCCUGGAACCCAAGCACAGAUUUGCUAGCUAGUGGGUCAGGAGACAGCACUGCUAGAAUAUGGGACAUGUCAGAUAAUCCAGCUACUACUCCUAAUCAACUAGUUUUAAGACAUUGUAUUCAAAAAGGUGGAGCUGAAGUACCUAGUAAUAAAGAUGUCACAUCCUUAGACUGGAAUUGCGAUGGCAAUUUGUUAGCGACAGGUUCAUACGACGGCUAUGCUCGUAUAUGGACUACAGAUGGUACUUUGGCCUCUACAUUAGGACAGCACAAGGGCCCUAUUUUUGCAUUAAAGUGGAAUAAACGUGGGAAUUACAUUUUGAGUGCAGGGGUUGACAAAACAACAAUUAUAUGGGAUGCUUCUACAGGGCAAUGUACACAACAAUUUUCCUUCCACAUGGCACCUGCUCUAGAUGUUGACUGGCAAACAAAUACUUCAUUUGCCUCAUGCUCCACAGAUCAAUGCAUUCAUGUCUGUAAAUUGAAUGCGGACAAACCUAUUAAAAGUUUUCAAGGACAUACUAAUGAAGUAAAUGCUAUAAAAUGGGAUCCACAAGGGCAAUUAUUAGCAUCAUGUUCAGAUGACAUGACCUUGAAGAUUUGGUCUAUGAAACAAGAUGCAUGUGUGCAUGACUUACAAGCUCAUUCCAAGGAGAUAUACACAAUUAAAUGGUCACCGACUGGCCCUGGAACACAAAAUCCAAAUAUGAAUCUUAUAUUAGCCAGUGCUUCUUUCGAUUCCACCGUUCGUCUAUGGGAUGUAGAAAGAGGUGUCUGUAUUCAUACUCUUACAAAACACACGGAACCAGUGUACAGUGUAGCAUUCUCGCCUGAUGGGAAGUUCUUAGCAAGUGGCUCAUUUGACAAAUGUGUGCACAUUUGGUCCACACAAACUGGAGGGCUUGUACAUUCAUACAAAGGCACUGGAGGCAUCUUCGAGGUGUGUUGGAACUCGCGUGGCACUAAAGUUGGUGCCAGUGCUAGUGACGGCAGUGUGUUUGUUUUAGAUUUGCGUAAACUAUAA